GGAAAUUGAAGCUACGGCUGAACUCCGGAACAACUCAGCUGCAACCCCGCAUCAUAUCCAUCCCGCUCCUUCACCUUAGUCACCGGAAAAGCCCUUUACGUUUCGACCAUUUAUGAACCGACUUCUCGACCGCCUCUCUCAACGUACGCUUACAAAGAAUGGAACUGGAUCCCGCCGACUACACUAUCGCAUGGAUUGCCCCUUUGGAGAUCGAGACGCAGGCCGCCCUGCAUAUGCUGGAUAACAGACACCAUGGCCGGUUCUCCGUCAGUCGCGGCGAUGACUACGUGUUUCACGCUGGCGACAUAGGUGGACAUAAUGUCAUCAUUGCAACUCUGCCAGCUGGCCAAGAAUACGGCACAGGAUCUGCUGCAGCGCUUGCGGGCCAGGUCAAGAAGUUCUUCCCUAACCUGUGGUUCGGCUUGCUCGUUGGCGUGGCUGCUGGCCUGCCAAGGACUUCCCAGACCCAAGCACGAGACAUCCGGCUAGGCGACGUCUUGGUCGCUCUUCCCGAGGGCGACAGCGCUGGACUUAUUGCAUAUGACCUUGGGAAAGAGACUGGGACGGAUACGUUUCAGCUCUUGAAAUCCGGGCAUGUGCUAGCUACUACCGAGACCGUUAUCAGGUCAGCGAUCGGAAGUAUUAAACUUCACGCACCGAAUGACGCAGCUAUUUUCCUUCCAUUCUAUAACAAGAUGAAGGACCAGGAACAUAUUGGGGGGACAUUUGUUGAUCCGGGCCAGGAGAAUGAUGUCCUGUACGAGACGAGCGAUGACGGCAACGAGCAACAAGUAGUCAGAGAAGCACGACCAGCCACAAGACGGACUCGCGUGUGGUAUGGUCCGAUAGGCUCUGGAGAGAAGCUCAUGAAAAAUGCUCGCAAGAGGAAUGAGCUGCGAGACAAGUACAACAUCAUCGGGCUCGAAAUGGAAGCAGCUGGGACAAUGAAUCGCAUUCCCGUUGGGGUGAUUCGAGGCGUCUGUGACUACGGAGACGAGCACAAAAAUAAGGAAUGGCAGCCAUACGCCGCCGCCAUGGCAGCCGCGUAUGCAAAGGCCCUCUUGUUGGAGAUUCCGCCCAAGAAGGGAACAUCCUCAACAACAGCGCAAGAGCAAGGAGUUCACUUCAAUGGCCCGAUCUCAGGACGCAACGUGCUUGCAGGGAUGACCACAUCAGGCGGAACGGUGAAUCUGAACUUUUCAUAAGUUGACGACACCGUAGGAAUUGGCAUUCAUUGGCAGUUCCUUUAAUCUUACUAAUACAUUGGUGCUAUUGGGGCCCUCUGUGGUGAUGGCAUAAUUUCAUAGUGAACAACCUCCCCUCCAAACGGCCAACCCACGGGUAUUUUCAGGUCUAGCGCCCCAAGACCUGACUCUAUUGGCUCGGCUCCUCGCGCUUCCUCUUGGUCAGGCACAUUUGUCCCUGGUACAAUGCUCUUCCUGCGGCGAUCGCGACUUAUAUAUAUGAAGUCAUAUCGUAAGAAUCACCAAAGUCUCAUUCAGAGAGAUUUCGAGGGGUACAUGAGAUCUUGUGUUAAGAUGGUGGGUGGUAAGCAAGGUAGUGCUGAGGGUCAUUUUCGAAACGCCGGAAUUUUUGUAGAAAGUUAUGCUUGGAAAAGAAUUGAGUUUGUUCUAGAG